CGCUGUAGACGUUGGAACGAAGUUUUGUCGGUUUGUCGUUGUCGAUCCACUCGGUGCAAUCCACUCCAGCACUCUCCGCGUCCCAGACAGACGAGACACAAAACGAAUUCUGCGUACCCGGGGCAUCGCAUCGAAUCGAAGCAAAGCAAAACAAAACAGCCAUCGGCAUCGCCUUUCAAACAAACAAACAAACAUACACACCGCCUUCCACCAACCAUGGCCCGCCGGACCCAAGCGAACCGGGGCGGAAACGACGGCGAACAGAGCGCGGCCGACCCCGAUCGGGGCAACGGCCUGGCCGCCCACGUACGGGAACGACACCGGGCCGUUGCGGAACGAGAGGCGGAGCGUCUGGCCCGGCCGGAACGGCCGAGCCGCCGCGUCCUGGCGCACGCCAACCGCAAGCUGUCCGCCGUCAGCAGCACCCCCUCCGGCGUCUUUGGGAGCCUGAGCAGGCCCCGGCCGAGCGACGAAGACAACGAAGAAGACGAAGAACAGUGGUGCGGCCCCUUUUCCGUCGCCCGGCAAAUGAUUGCGAGGCGGGAGGCCGCCAAGCGAAAGCGGGAGGAGGAACUCGACGGCCAAGCGGAAGACCAAGCCCGCCACCCGCUCGAUGCCCUCAUGGCAGAGGCGGAGGACAAGCAGAGGCGGAGGAUGCACCCGUCGAUGCAGUGGAAGACCAAGCUUCUCCCCGACGCGGGGGCGGCCACCACGUCGGAAUACGAAAAGCGCAAGCGGCGGGUAGAGCUGUCCCGGUCCGGGAGGAGCCGCGUCCCUUCUUUGUUCGAGAUCGCGGUGGGUUUUAUCGCCGACCACUUCGAGCACGUCGAGUCGCUGGGGGUCGUCGAGAACGAGAUCCGGGUCGCCCUUUCCAGGGAGCUGGUGGGGAGGGGAAGGCUCGACGCCCGGGCCUUCGAGGCCCUCGUCGAGCCCGUUACGAUGGAGACCCUCGAGGUGGUGGACUGCGCCGGGAUCCCGCAGGAGUCCAUGGCCUCGGCACUGGCGAGCAUCGGGGGACUGCGCUACCUGCUGCUCACGCACGCCGGGAGGUGCUUCGGGAAGAAGGCCGUCGAGGCCCUGCUGGAAAAGAACAAGGGUGCCGAGCUCUGCUGCCUCUCCCUGGCCGGUGCCUAUCUCCUGCGAGACGACGACGCGGCGAGGCUGCUAAGGGCCCACGCAGGCACCCUGCAAUCGAUCGCCUUUCGGUCGUGCCCGCUGCUCGGGGGAGGCGUCCUGGGGGCGAUCCGCACCGCCCCGGGCCUCGGCGAGAACCUGCGGGAGCUCUCCCUGCGGGACCUGUCCCUUUCGGGAGACCAGCUAAGUGCGCUGGCGGAGCGGGGGGGAUGCCUGCAGAACCUCGAGAACCUGGUGCUCUGGUCCGUUUCCGGCCUGACCGACGGGGUGCUUUCGGGGAUCCUGGAGGCGGCGAAGGGGUCCCUCCGGAGCCUGGACAUUGGCUACAACCACGAACUCGGGGACGCCACCCUGUCGGCCAUCCGCAGGCACAACAGCCCCAACCUGAGGACCCUGGUGCUGGACGGAAUCAAGGGAGUGACGGGGGCCGGGCUGGAGGCCCUCUUUACCCACCCGCUAGAGGGACUCCCGGCUCCUCCCAGGCUAAGGGUGCUGGGGCUCUCGUCGAUCGACCACGAGGCCGUGACCGACGAACUCCUGAGGCUCGCCACCGCUGGCUAUUCUUCGGCCCCUUGGAACCGGGGCGAACAAGACGACGACGACGACAAAGGGCCGUGCCUUCCCCCGGGAUGCGGCACCUACCGCGGCGAAAGCUUCGCGAGACGAACCGGGGCCGGCCUCGUCAGGCUCGACGUCCAGGGAAGCACGCUGGUCACGGACGAACUCCUGGAGCACGUCGUGGAAACCUCCGCGAACACGCUGGAGGCCAUCAACGUCAGCUACUGCCCCCUCGUCGGGGACAGGGGCCUGGGAUACCUGGUCUCCAGGGCGGGCAGCCAGCUGAAACGGAUCGAGGUCUGGGGCUGCGCCCAGCUGACGGACGAGUUCUUCGACGGGCACGACCGCGUCCGGGACGGGACGCUCGAAAUCAUCGGGGCCUGGAUGAAAAAGAGCGGCACGAGAAGCCUGCGGUGAAGACGAAACGACGGAGAAUGGGAGGGUUCCCGGCCGGGGAGACCCCGGUUCCGAGUCCAAGCAGGAAGGGCACCGGGCCGCGGGUGCUGUUGCAAAGACGGACAUCCAUCCUCCGGUCCGAUGAAAAGGUUUGCACCGCAUCGGCGAAGCACGUGCUGCUUCCAACCAACCUAGCUAGCAUCCGAUACUACAGUGAUUUCGAUUUCGGCAUUGAAAACAAUAUUGUUGAUGGCCGGGGAAUCGAAUCGAUUGGAUUAGCUGAAUAGAUACACAAGGAUUUCUGUACUCUAUAUUUUUACAACUCUUCGUCAUCGCUUUGCUCCGUGUCAUUCUGAGCACCUGUUUCGGUAUUCUCGCUGUCUUCCUCUUCGUCGAUGAACGGCACCAGAGUCCACUUCAAUACAGCACCUUCGUUGGAGCACCGCGUCGUCAUGAGUUGCUGACCCAACCAGUAGAGCAGAGAAGGAUAGUCGCCAUCGCCCUCCACAGCGCCAUCGCCCUCUUCGAGUGCUUCCAGAUCUUCGUCGAGUUCCUCGUAACUCGAGAAAAAUUCUUCUCUUUCCCCAAACCAAUCGUCUUCGUCUUUUUCACCUCGUCUUGCAACACCCAGACACAUGUAAGGCUCUUGUUCUCUCCCGGUGGCAUUUAUCCUGUUUUGUGUAUAUAGUGGAAUUACGGUGUGGAUGGUACCCGAAGGAACAUUCUCCCCGUUGCCAAAGGAAAGAUAUUGAUUCCAGCGUUUUGUACAUGGAUAAACAUGAAGGGGUCCGCCUGGCUGGUUAUCCAACGACUCACCAUCCAGGCAUCUUCCAGCCCGGAGACCAUCCAUCAUAGUAAGAGUACACUUUGGGCCAGUUGGCAUGAACGAUCCAGGUGUGACCUCGACUAUACCAGAAUCACUUUUUAAAAAACAACUGUUAGAUAUUCAUACCUCAAAAACAAGAACACACGAAUUAUGGUGUCACGAAUGCUCAAAACACUGUCAUCAUGUCAUACUCACAGGCGUUGCAGGCUCCCAUUGGAACUACAGGGUCCGAUAGACCAUCUCGUGUGACUCUGCACUUCAUCUAAAAUCACAGCACCGGUCUCCCAAUUAUUGGCCAAUGUCGGGACUACUUCCUCGUGGAAACAGGGUACCAGACGCACCUUAUUGAAGUUUUCUCCCAGACCUAGACAUAGAGGCAUGGAGGAAUUUAUUGUCUCCGUUGCAACAAUCAGUGUCCCGUGACCUUCUAGCCUCAUGUUUUCUUCUGUUUUUUCCCUGCCGCCAUAAAUUGUUGAAUCAUCGGUACCGGUGACGUUUGGCGAAACGAGCUUAGCUUCCUCGAUUUUUCUUGACGCAUCGAUGGCGUCCUUCACCUUAGCGUCGUACGAAUCGUCAAAUUUGCGAGCAAACAAGUCGCCAGAGAGCUCUAGCACAUCUAAAUAAUCCAAACCAAGGGUG